GGCUCCCCCUGGCACGUCUCUUUCCCGUAAUUUCUUCCCUCCCUCCCCCGCAAAAUCACAACAAUUCUUCCUCCACGUCAUCGUUGCCUUCCCUUCGCCGCCUGGAUUCCCACCCCCCUUUUUCCUCCUCCUCAGAAAACAUCCUCGAGAGAAGGCUCGCAAGGUCCUGCUGUCUCGGACUCACACCUCAUGCCUUAGAAGAGCCCGAUCCCCCGGCCCCGUUGGGUCUCCGAUGUUCUCCCUCCUUCGAAGGGCAGGGCCAGGCUCGGCUCCCCUCCCACUCCGGGGAAUGGGAAGGCGACUCUUUAAAUAGGGGCGGCGCGGGCGGGUCGGAGCCACUCGCCGGCCUGAUCCUGCCACGGGUGCGCGUCUCGCCGGGCGGCGUCUGCUCUCCACCUCCUGCCAGCUGCGGCAUCGCCUUCUAGCCCGGGCGCGGGGAUCCUCAUCGCGGGAGAGCAAUCAUGUUUGAAAUUAAGAAAAUCUGCUGCAUUGGUGCUGGUUAUGUUGGAGGACCAACGUGUAGUGUCAUUGCUCAUAUGUGCCCAGAAAUUAAAGUCACGGUUGUUGAUGUCAAUGAAGCUAGAAUCAAUGCCUGGAAUUCGGACACGCUUCCAAUUUAUGAGCCAGGGCUCAAAGAAGUGGUUGAAUCCUGCAGAGGGAAGAAUCUCUUUUUCUCCACCAAUAUUGAUGAUGCUAUUAGAGAUGCUGAUCUGGUGUUUAUUUCUGUUAAUACCCCAACCAAGACUUACGGCAUGGGAAAAGGCCGGGCAGCAGAUCUGAAAUACAUUGAAGCCUGUGCAAGACGGAUUGUGCAAAACUCCAAUGGUUAUAAAAUCGUGACUGAGAAAAGCACUGUCCCCGUUCGAGCAGCUGAGAGCAUUCGGCGUAUCUUUGACGCAAAUACAAAACCAAACUUAAAUUUGCAGGUUUUGUCUAAUCCAGAAUUCCUAGCAGAAGGCACAGCAAUCAAGGACCUGAAGAAUCCAGACCGUGUCCUCAUUGGGGGUGAUGAGACUCCAGAGGGCCAGAAAGCUGUUCGAGCUCUGUGUGCCGUCUAUGAGCAUUGGGUGCCCAAAGAGAAAAUCCUUACAACGAAUACUUGGUCAUCUGAACUUUCCAAACUGGCAGCCAAUGCUUUCCUUGCCCAGCGGAUUAGCAGCAUUAACUCCAUAAGUGCCCUUUGUGAAGCAACAGGUGCUGAUGUUGAAGAGGUUGCAAGAGCCAUAGGAAUGGAUCAAAGAAUUGGAAAUAAAUUUCUGAAAGCUAGCGUUGGAUUCGGUGGAAGCUGUUUUCAGAAAGAUGUUCUGAACUUAGUUUAUCUUUGUGAAGCUCUGAAUUUGCCAGAAGUAGCUCGUUACUGGCAACAGGUGAUUGACAUGAAUGACUAUCAGAGAAGAAGGUUUGCUUCUCGAAUCAUUGACAGCUUGUUUAAUACUGUCACUGAUAAGAAGAUUGCUAUUUUGGGAUUUGCAUUCAAAAAAGACACGGGAGAUACAAGAGAAUCCUCCAGCAUCUACAUCAGCAAGUAUUUAAUGGAUGAAGGAGCCAAACUUCAUAUCUAUGACCCCAAAGUAGUCCGUGAACAAAUCAUUCUGGAUCUUUCUCACCCAGGUGUAUCUGAGGAUGAUCAAGUGUCUCGAUUAGUCACUAUUAGCAAAGAUCCCUAUGAAGCAUGUGAUGGAGCCCAUGCCCUUGUUAUCUGCACAGAGUGGGAUAUGUUUAAGGAACUGGAUUAUGAACGGAUCCACAAAAAGAUGCUGAAGCCAGCUUUCAUCUUUGAUGGCAGACGAGUCCUUGAUGACCUUCACAAUGAAUUACAAGUUAUUGGCUUCCAGAUUGAAACAAUUGGGAAGAAGGUUUCAGCAAAAAGGAUCCCAUUUGCAUCUUCAUCUGACAUACCAAAGUUCAGCUUACAAGACCCUCCACUAAAGAAGCCAAGAGUAUAAGUUUUAACUGAUAUGGAAGGAGUGUAAUGAAUCUUCCCAUGUGACCAGCAUGAUUUAAAAAGAAAAAAUGGGUACAUUUGAGCAUGUGUUAAGCACCGAACCCCUUUUGAUAUCAGUAUGAAAGUAAGCAUAUGCUUAAACAUCUCCCAUAGAAAUCAAUGGAACUGAAAAGAGCUUAACUGUGGAUAGAUUAUGCUAAAUAUUUUCUCAGAAUUAAGACAUCAUAUGAAUGGUAGCAUUUAUUUGGGACACUUCAAUUUAGAAUCUGUUUUGUAAUCUCUAUUUUUAUAAAUGGAAUGUCACUGAAGUGAAAAACUAUGACCAAAUCAUUUCAGUAAUAAUUUUUUAUAUAUAAAUAACUCAUUAACUUCAAACUGCAAGACUUCUAGUGUAAGAGGUUUAUGGAUUGCAUUUUACAUUUUUAUGACAUGUUUUAAAAUCCAAAAGAAAUAAGGAACUUCCCCAUCCUCUUUUAUACUCCUAUACUAUAGAACAUUGUUGGAACUUUUGGUUCUAGUUGGAUAUGCACAGUUUACUCAAGGACAAGUUUUAUAAACAAAGCCCAGAAGUUAACAGAGUAUUCUGUGGUUAUUAUUUUAAGAUGACACCCAGAACUCUGCCCACAUUAGAGGCAGCUGGACAUGAAGGAAUGUCGGUCCUUUUUUUCAUUUAGGCUGAAGUGCUACAUAAGUGGGUUAGUAAUUUUUCUAUGCCUUUUUGGAGAUUCAGGAAGGUGUGAUUCCCAUCAUAGUCAGGACACCUCUGUAUGAUCUGAAUAAGUUGUAUAUUUCCCUGAUGAAUGGAUGUUGGCUGAUCUGAAUGAGAUGCACUGUGACUGUGGUAUUGCAGGAAAGGGGAAUCUCUGGCCCGUGAAGGAUCUCUGCUUGUCAUUUAGCAUCCCUCCUUGACUAAUUUCAAGGGAGAGGGAGUCUUUUUUAUCUCCAGAGAUCAGGGAUAGAAAUGAUUCCAGUUCUCAAAUGGUGCCUGUGUUUCCAGUUCAGGAUUCAACAAUCUCCUAGAAAAGCUGGCUCUAAGUACUUUGCUCCUCUUCCUCCUUCUCUGCAGAGGAAAGAGGAGAGGAAGAGUAAAGCCACCAACUUCUUAACUGGAACUUCCAGGAAUUUAGUUGGUGCUUCCAGGAACUCCUGCAGUUACCAAGCGAGAGAGCUCAGUUUCUCUCUCUCUCUCUCUCUCACACACACACACACACACACACACAGGGGAGAAAGCAGGGUCACCUGGUACCUUAAGAACUAGCUGAGUUGUCAAUUUGGAUAUCAGCUAUCUUUGUGUGCCCAAGAUAUGGCUUCUUUACAGCUUGUGCAAAUAUCUCCUUAGUGGUGUAGUUCUUAAGACCUGUGCAUGUUGAUGAAAGGGAGACAGGUUCCUCCUUCCCUUCUAUCAGAAACUAGAAUUUUAAUCAGUGCAUAGAGUGAAUGGGAGUGUGAUCCCCACCACCAUUGGUACCGAGUGUGCCACAGGACAUGAAAUGGCCAACAUCUGUUUAAUAGAAUUGCUUCUCUGCUUCCUUAUUGAAUAGAGACCUCUCACAAACAUACAUCCUGUAGCUGCACCUAUCUGCCUUUCUUUGUUUAGCUGUAAAACACCUUUUUGUCAAAACUGUCUCAAAUAGUUUUUCUGGACUUGGAGAAUCUCACUGGAACUUUGCAGGAGAUUGACUGGUAAUUCCUGUUACCAAGGGGAAAUCACAUAUCUUAUAAAUCAAGGACAGGGACCAUGUGGCCCUCCAGCAUUUGUUGAAUUGGAAGUCCCUUUUCCCCCUUCGGUUGUGUGUCUAACACUGACUUGAGUAACAGUUCAACACCUGCAGGUCCAGAUGUUCCUCAGUCCAAGACAGACACCGUGAGUGUUCAGAACAUUCAGUCCGAAUGAAGCAAUGACAUUUUUAUGAAUACCACAUGAUGUUCAAUCCUUUCCCCCUGCUAUUUUGAUGCUUUCUGUUAACAUAAAUUCUGCAGGAGCAAAUGUUCUGUGACUAUAGCAGAACAAAAUCUUUUUAUGUAUUAAUCAGCUUACUACCUCACUCUGAUUUGAAAAUAAAUUUUUUAUGCUCUUUGGUAUUAA